AUGUCGAGCACCUCUAGCGAUGUGCUCGACAUCUCAUGGGUUCCGCCAGUCACUAUAAUUACUAUGGGAACUUCUGAAAAGAAAAAAAGCGGCAGACAGGAAGAACGACGAUCAAAAUCGUCUUCCACUGGUAAAAAGCGAUCAAAAAAUGAAAAUAGUAGAGAUAGAAGACGAACUUCGGAUAGGAAUAAACCAAAGACAUCGGAUAGAACGAGAUCAGAAGAGCCGAGAGAAUCAGGGAGAAAAGAAAAAGAAAGAAGAGAUUCAAGUCCCCGACCAAAAAGUAGAUCUUCUUCGAGAAAACCGAAGAAAAGUGGACUGAGUCCUCCGAAAUCUUCCCUACAGAGUCUCCCGACAGAGCCCAUCAAUGAAGGAAUGGAUGUAACCCAAUGGGAGAACACUCCAUUCAAAGAAGAAGCAGCUGGAAAUGUGGUUCAGGAUCCAAAUGAAUUUGUGGUUGAUAAAGUUGGAGAGGGGACCCCAUUCCUUGCCGAACAGAAGCAGGUUAUGCUUCAAAAAGGGGAACAUUUGAAGGAUAAACCGAUGUAUACAUUGAUAUUUCUUACGAUUGAAUUUAUCCUCGCAUUGACAGUUCUGAUAGUUUGGAGUUGUUUUCUCGACAAAAACGAGUUCACACCGAUUCUUUUUUGCUUCACAAACAUCAUAAUUCUUAUCAUCGUACUUCUGAUUCUGCUAGUCAUCCAAUUCGGAAGAUUCAACGUUGUCAAAGAGGACCUAGAUGAUGAUUUUCGAUACAGAAUUCCGUAUCAUUGGAAGUAUUGGAUUUGCGUCUUCCACAUCCUUCGAUUCAUACUAAUCUGCUCCAAUAUCUCGAUUGCUGCUCUGGAUAAUGAUUUCGACGGUGGUGUCAUCACAAUGGUAUCCGCGAUGCCAAUUAUGCUAAUCAUCUCCGCGGGACAUGUAUUUUUUGCAUUGAGACCUCAAGGUUGA